UAUAUCUUCUCGAUUCCUUUUGUGUUUAAAUGAAGUUUUUAUAUUCUUGGAUAUGAUUAUGUUUUGUCUAUCGAGUUCAAGAGCGAUCCCCGGCAAGCGACGCCGCAGACGUAGGGGGAGAUCGGAUCUCAACAACGGAGAGGAGAGGCUCCAAGCAAACAGGUCCCGCUUUGUGGUGGACGAUGAGGGACUGACAGUGCGCUCCACACGGUCCUGGUCGUCCUCUUCUUCUUGUGCGUCAUUCCCUUACAACAACUACGGCAACAGCGCUGACCGCGAUGUAUUCAAACUUGUCGUAGUUCAAGGAGGAGACGGGGGAUCAGGAGAAGGAGGAGAAAGAGGAGAAGGAGAAAAAAGACACAGAGGAGCAGGAGGAUCGGGAGAAAGAGGAGUAAGAGGAGAAGGAGAAAUAAAACAAAGAGGAGAAAGAGGAGAGGCAGAAGGGCGUAACUACUCUUCUCGCAAUGAAGAGGACGAGUUUUACAACGACAAGGAUUUCCUUCAUCAGCACACUAACGACAGCGCCAGAUCUAGUGGGAAUCGGGACAGUAGUAGGAGUAGCAACCGCUGCAGUGUGAGCGACGCCGGUUUCGAUCGUUGGAUGACAAGACACUACACAUACAGUAGCUACAACCCCAGCGUCAAUGGAAUGGGGGAAGACACAGCCACUGUUUCCACUUGCCACAGCUCGGACUAUAAUCUGACAAUGCCUGCUAUCACCAACUUCGUUCUCGAAGGAUCUAAAGUUCAAGACCCCAAGAACCGACCAAACCAGACGAGUCAGGGGAAAAGGCCCACAGAAAGUAUGGACUAUGAACCAAACCCCGAUGUUGUCCCCUUUCAGCCCGCCAACUUCAUUCGCAGUAACACAGUUUUUCCUCCACCUUUCCAAAGGUCUUCUACAAUACUGAAGAAGGUACCAAUACCAAAAAGACAUUUGGAUACUUUUGGAGGUUACGAGUAUAACUUUAUUGGACGUCGAGGAGUCAUGCUGCACACAGACCGAUACCAGUCACUGGAUCAGCACCACCCAGCAUGCAGAAUUUUUACAGACGACCCUUGGGGGGUACCACAGCCCAGUCUGGUCUACUUCAUGAGUUGCCUCCCCUUGAUGGCACAGACAGCCAAUCGUCUUUCAUGACCCCGGGAGGGUUCAAGCGCUCCAAGACGAAGUUUGUCAAGCACCCACAACUCCCGGGCAUCAAAGGCAAGACAGAUGCAGCUGACUUCUGGGACCAGAACCCUCGAGUGUCCAUGUUCCGCGAAAGACGAACAGUGUCCAAUCUGUCGGCUAGACUUGGAUUCUUCUCCCGUCUUCACAGAGAGGGCACUAAUGUGUCCCGGUCCACGGGCCAUGCCCCGCCCCCCUCACGUGACCCAUCCAAUGAUCCUGCGAGUCUUUUACAACGAGGAGCAGCAGGACCUCCACCCCCCAGAAAGACGACCAUACCAGCCGCUGGAGCACAUGGGACUGACCAGGAACAGAAUCUUAACACAGCAAGAGAUUCUGAGCUGACAGCGCCAACAGCUACGUCUGAGCUAGCAUCCUCGAGGCAGAAAGAGAAAGGAAGGGGUGGAGCCAAUGAAACAGAAGACCCCGCCCCUGGCUUCCCACUGACAGCCCGAACCACGCCAGUCUUGCCGCAGAUACCGCCCAUCUCUAGUGAGAGCAAGGUCAGGCCAACCACAGAGGAGAAGCAGAAGCCGACCACGCCCCACCCACUCAGAGGUGUGGAGCUCAUUACUUCUGUGCCUCAAGACGAGCAGGAGGAACUGAGGCAGACGUUCCAGCGCUUGGACACUGAUGCUGACGGACACAUCAAGUACCAGCAACUGAAAUCCCACCUACCCAAACACUUCAGCUUCGAGCAGGAAAAAUUUACGGAAGAGGUAUACAACAUGUCCAACUCUAUCACGUUCUUCGGCAUUGAGGAGUUUAUGAUCAUGGACAGAUUGUCGAAGACUGUGGAAAAUCUCACGGGAAAUUUGACGAGGCGGACACAGGCAACAGCGGCAAGAUCAGUCAUGACUCUCUGAGGCGCAUCCUGUCAGACACUGUAGGGGAUCAGGUCACCACUGACCCAGCCCUGUGGGACAACAUACAGAACCUGAUCAACACCGAAUCAACCCAAGUCACGAAAAUCGAAUACAUCGCUCACAUUCCUCUGUAUCUCAGCUUUGAAAAGGAGCAUAAAAAAUGAGCUCACUCACCGCUCCUUGCUCUGCCUAGUUUGGAUGUAGCAUCGUAUUUUUCAUUGCAAACUUUGAGAAAGAACUAUUGACCUCGUGAAAAGAUGCACAAAUCUUCAACAUACACAUCUGUCUGAAAGAUAAGACAUCAUAAUUUAUUUACUUCACCCCCUUCGGCCUCGCUGUCAACUGAGAGCAAACACAAGGUCAAGACCUCAUCAAAACUUCAGAAUUGCCAAUGCUUUCACGAGCAAAAGCAAGCUAAGACAAAACUGUGUCUCGGUAUUAUUAUUAAGAAUCGCAGCAUCAAGACCAAGUAAACUGAACCAAGCAUGUGUUCUGAGCACUCUCAAGUAUACGGCGCUGAGCGCAAGCAAGGCAAGUACUGCGUACGUAUUCAUUUCAAGAGAAAAGGCUCGACAGCCUUCUGACGAGAUGUUUAAAGUUACAUGACAAAGCAAGGUUAUCUAAAGUAUUUUCCUAGCUCAACCAACGCUGACUCAAGUCGAUAGAACACCUUCGCCGCUUGGAUAGAAGUUGAUAGAAUACCC